AUACAGUUGUCUGUGCAAAAGAAAUCAUACGCAUACCAGAUCUUCUAGACUUAAAAGUGUCAAGGAAAAUAUAUUUAUAUUUCAUUAGGUUUGGAUGAAAGCAGAUACUAUGCAGCUUUUCCAGUUUUCCGUCAUCAUAAUUUGUGUGACACAUGCUAAAGGAUAUGAUGUUAACAACACCGCUCCAUCAGACAUUAACGCACAAUAUUUAAUUGAUGUAGGAGUGAAAACAAAUGAUGCUAAAUUGGAGGCUGUUGGAAUAGCCAUGAAAAAUCUCCAUCAGCAAACUUGUGGUGAUUGGUCGACCUGGUCAAAGUGUACUUCAAACAUGUUUCGUUAUUUUGGCAUGAAGCAGCGUACAAGGAAAUGUGUCAGCGCGUCUUUGGGAAAUGAAACAGACUUACGCUUAUGUAGGAAUCGAUGUCCGUCUGACUAUAAAACAACAGCUAAUAGGUUUUGUUUAAAAUUACAUACCUCUGCAAAAUUACAUUCUGAAGCAGAAAACUACUGCAAGUCAGAGGGUGGACAUUUGGUUCAUAUCAACUCACAAGCAAAGUAUGAUGCCAUUGUGAAAAUGAAUUUUCCAAAUAAUCUGGCUAAGUAUAUACAUAUUGGAGGACAGCGGAAAGACGUGACCUCAAACUGGAAGUUCAACGACGGGACAAGAAUGACCUUCUUCAGAUGGGCACCAAAUGAACCGGACGCGUAUUCGCAUGAAUUAUGUUUACUCUUAGAGACAAAGCCAAUGACUAUGCAUAAUGGAGAGUGUCGUCAAAAGUUUCCGUGUAUCUGUGAAAUCACUGCAUGAACGGAUAAAUGAAAAUUCAAGUUACAGUAUAAAAUACUAAUAUAUCAAAUAAACAUAAAUUGUGUACAUAAACCUGCUUUCUUAGACAAUGUCAAGAUUAAGGCAAGCCCAGAUGGAUUUCAUGUGCGUUAAUUCAUUCAGCAUAUAUAAAACAUUUUCACAUCUUUUUAACGAGAUAUUUGAUUAUUUUGUUUCUUUUCUCUUUUUAAAAAUAGUAUGCCUCCAGAUAUAAAUACUUUGAAAGUGUUUUUAAAAGU